GGACAGAAGGAAACACAUCGCGUGAUUCUGGGGAACGACAGAAGAUUAUCUAGGGCAACUAAUCGGCAAAGGAAACAAAGCAUGAAGGCUGAAGCGACUGCCAAUAGAAGUUGGUCUGUUGUGCUUUGCAAUCAAAAUUGUCAAUGGAAGCUUUUCUGUUUGAAGGAUACUUUGUACACAUGCUCUAAUAAUGAUCUCAAGUUAUUUUCCCUAUUGUAUAACUUUUCAACGGAAUGGCCCCAUUUUUACACUUUGCUUUAGGCCUCUAAAAUGAUUGAGCCGGCCCUCACAGCAGAUUGUGGUGCAGAUAUUCAAGUUAUCUUAAACAUUGAGUUAUUACAGCUUGUAUUCAGGAUCCAUUUUGCAACCAAUAUAUAGGAGACUUACACGCAACAUUCGUUACUCAUUACAAACUAUUAUUUAUCUGAUGUCUCUUGCGUGGCUUCAUGCUCUUUCGUGCCGGAAGACCCGUAUCACUACUCUUCUACAAAAGAAUUUGAUCCACCACUGCGUUAAAAGUAAAGGUUCUACAGGUUUACAGUUCAAUAAAGGAUCUCUGCUUCGUAGUAAAUGCUUACCGUCAGGUGGCAUUAGAACAACGUUAUUAGGUUUCGAUACUUUCAACAUAGUUUCACACUUCCAUCAUUCUACUCUCGAAUAUAGAAGAUGGUUCUCUACCAUUCCAGCUCAGGAUGAUGUAUGCGAUGAUGCCGGAGACUUUGAUGCAAAGCUUGAAACUGGAAAACCUAUUGAGUUCAGCAAAGUAGAUACACACUUGCUUCCAACUGUACUUCUCAUUGGCCGCCCCAAUGUUGGCAAAUCCGCAUUGUUUAAUCGUUUGAUUAGAAGAAGAGAGGCACUUGUGUACAACACUCCUAAUGAUCAUGUGACUAGAGACAUACGAGAAGGGAUUGCGAAAUUGGGUGACUUGCGAUUUAAAGUGUUGGAUUCAGCUGGCUUAGAGGCUGAGGCUUCAUCUGGUUCUGUUCUUGGUAGGACUGCAGAAAUGACAGCAAACGUGUUGAGAAGGUGUAAAUUCGCAUUAUUUCUUAUUGAUGCAAGAGACGGGUUGCAGCCCAUGGAUUUGGAUGUCGGAAAGUGGCUAAGAAAGCAUGCUCCUGAAAUUAAAAUUAUUACGGUAAUGAAUAAAGCUGAAUCACUUGAUGAUGGUUUUGGGUCUUUUAUUUCUGCUGCUAGUGAAGCCUGUACGUUGGGAUUCGGAGAUCCUGUUGCUCUCUCAGCUGAAACUGGUUUAGGGAUGAAUGAUUUAUAUGAAGUUCUUAGGCCAUUGCUUGAACAACAUAUGCUUCAAACUGUAGACGAAGGUGCGGAUGAAACUAAUGAAGAGUGUGAAGAGGAGUCAAAGCUACCACUGCAGUUAGCAUUUGUGGGCCGGCCUAAUGUUGGCAAGUCAACCUUGUUGAAUGCAAUUCUGCAGGAAGAGCGUGUUUUAGUGGGCCCGGAGGCAGGCUUAACAAGAGAUUCUGUCAGAGUUGAGUUUAAAUUCGAAGGAAGAACCAUCUACAUGGUGGACACAGCAGGUUGGUUGCAGAGAACAAAGUCGGAGAAAGGAGCAUCAUCUUUGAGCAUUGUUCAGUCCAGGAAAAACUUGAUGAGGGCUCAUGUUGUUGCUUUGGUCCUUGAUGGGCAAGAGGUUUCAAAAGCUAGAAAAAGCUUGACACAUGAUGAAGUAGUGAUAGCAAGACGAGCUAUAGAAGAAGGGCGGGGUUUGGUUGUGAUUGUGAAUAAAAUGGAUCUUCUUGAACAAAGAUUAUAUGAUCGGGUUGUUAAAGCUGUCCCUCAAGAAAUUCAAACAAUCAUCCCCCAGGUGACAGGGAUCCCAGUUGUCUUCGUUUCAGCAUUAGAAGGGAAAGGCAGAAUAGAGGUAAUGCAGCAUGUCAUUGAGACAUACAAAAAGUGGUGUUUGAGGUUAUCAACUGCUCGCCUUAACCGUUGGCUACGCAAGGUAAUGAGUAGACAUUCUUGGAAGGAUCUAGCAGCUCAGCCCAAGGUGAAGUAUUUUACACAAGUGAAAGCCAGACCGCCCACUUUUGUGGCCUUUGUUAGCGGAAAGACUAGACUUUCAGACACAGACUUGAGGUUCUUAACAAGAUCUUUGAAGGAGGACUUUGAUAUGGGUGGGAUCCCUGUUCGUAUAUUGCAACGAACAGUUGUCAAAAAUGUCCCUGGCAGUAACAAGACUAAUAAAAAGUAUGCCGGGAAACUUGCUGCGGGAGAGACGUCUGAUAAGAGGAUACUCACAGUCGACACAACAACAUAAGAUAUGUUGUUUUGGUUGUACGCUACUAGUAGAAAUUAGUGUCAAAGAUAGGUGGAUUAUGCCAUUAUGGUGGUGUAUUUGCCAAAAUCGUAGUGUUGUGAUUGCAAUAUUACCCCUGUUACCACUUUG